AUGGCCAGCUUUAUCUAUGACUGGAACAAAAACAGGCUUCCCAUGGGUCGGGAGCUGUGUGCCACCGUUGCGCAUCUUCUGGACGCGGCGGGCAUUCCCAGUGUCCUAUGGGGCAAGUACAUGAUUUUUGCUUACGAGGUUGGUAUGGACCCGGAUAUUGACGAACGGCAGAAGCGGCUAGAAGAAGCCGAGGCUAAGCACGAGAGAACUGCCCAGGAGGAUCAUGAGGCGGACGUGGCAAGGAAGACGCGGGGAGAGCCAAAUCCAAUUGACCCCUAUGGAUAUUUACCACCGAUACCGCAUGAGCGGCACUACAUCCCAAAGUACGACAACAGCAUCGCCUUCAUCAUCCCCGAUGACCGAAUCGACGAUGCGCGCGAUGCUCUCGUUCUCGCUAGCUUCCCUCUGUGCAGCUCUGGGUGCGUGUGCUUUGACUGGAAAACCCAUGAAAUGGUUCCACGGUAUCAUUUCCUUGGGGAGAGCGGAAACACUGCUGACAGUCCCGUAUUGAAGCUAUUCUGUCGCUCGGACCUACUCUUUCGCUUCCCAGACCCUGGACUAGCAUCCCCGCAUCCUGACGACCCUUGGUUCAUGUUAACAAACGAUUCUCGCCUACCACCAGAUGAUGUGAAGAGACGUGGUGUGAACCCGGAAGGGCGGUUCGAUGCCGCCCUCUAUCCGAUCAAGAUCCCAACCCCAGAGAAGCUGUACGAAGCCCUCAUUCUAUUACGAUGCCGCGAUAAAGAUUACCAUAGUCAUUCCGAUGGCAGUUGGACAUAUUGGUCAAAUUACUUGGCAAGGAACCUUGUCAAAACCGGUAGAAUUGACAUCUCACAGGUGGGAGAUCUCUACCGUGCUGUCAUCGAAUCGGAUCUGAACGAUCGCUCUUCGUUCUGGGAUGGAGAGCCAAAGCUGCUGCGGGCGCAACUUCGGAAAUUGGAUGCGUUGCCCCAUCCCCUUCCGGACCGUUGCCCACACGAUCUUUACAUCCACCGCCUUAUUCAUACCACUGAUGAGUACGGCAAGGUCUACAAAGAUUUCGUGAGAUUUCGCAACCAGUACAAAGCGGACACCGCAAGAUACCUCAAAAAGGCGAGCAAAGGGGGUGGACACGGGGCCCAGGCAUCAGGAGAGGAGGCGGUCAAAUAUAAAGACCAGGUGCAGCACACCGAGUGCGAACAUGUUUGA